AUGCCUAAACGACAGGACACCUCAGGAGACUGCCUCGCAGUGGCCGAUGAAUCCAUACGUGUUGGCCGCCGGCGACCAAACAUCAUAGACCAUGGCAUGAGACCCAAGCUGGGCAAGCUGCCGAUCGGCCAGGAUGUGAACAGAACCAGAUACAGGCUGACGGAGGAUGAGCAAACCAUGUGGGUGACCACCGACUCGGAGGUAAUCGGUGUGCAGAAGAAAUACAUACAGAAAAUGGGCAUAGACAUGGAUAAUUACUUCAAUCCCAAGUUUCCCAACAAAGAGAAGGACCCGUCAAAUAAGAACAGGGGGCAUACAAAAACGAAAGUAUCCAAGCCGCCCAAGCUUCCGACGAUACCCGAAGAACCCGAAGAGGAGAGCAUUGGAUCCAUGGAGCUGUGGAAUUCCACGAAACUCCUGAAUGCUGUGGCGGAACAAAGCGGCUCUCAAACAGCCUUCAAUGUGAGGGAAUGCCUAAUGAAUCCGACAACUGCCAGCAAAUGGAGUAGAAAGAGCCUCCGCAGGCUUCAGGAGGCCGCAGGACUAGACACUGUUAAACCGGUCGAUAGCCCCAAGAACUUGCAACGUCUAGGACCUGGAACUGGAGCUGGAACUGGCGCAUCCUCGUAUAAAUCGAGGAAAGAAAUUGGAGUUCGUAAAAAAAAGAAAACCCCAUUGACCUCCAAAGAGAAAUUGAUGAAAGAACGCGCCGAACGAAUGAAGAUGGAAAUCAAUGAUCUAAAAAAGUCUCAAACCGAAGCCAAAGUCAAAGAACCUUUGCCCGAUAACAGCACCUACUCCUUGGGGGAAUCCCAUCAGAAUGAUCCGAAAUCUGCAGUCGUUGGAGAUGAGAAACCCUCAAGUUCCAGUGAAAACAAUACCCUGGCAAAAGAUCUGACCGUGAUAUAUGAAAAUCCCAAUUUUAUACAGAAAACGGACUCCAAAGGCAAUUGUGUCAUAAAAAAGCUGAAUCAAAGCCAAACGAAUUACUUUGAGUUGAAGGAUACACGUUCAAAGGUGGAGCAUAAUCCAAAGGAAUUGGCUGUAAUUGAACUAAAAUCUGAAGCCGAGAAGAGCCUCUUGCGAAGCUGCGUGGCCCAAAACGAAGACACCCUCAAGGCGAUCCAAUCAUCGUUGAAGCUCGUCAAAGAACUGCGCCAAGAACUUGAGGGCCUAAAGACCAAUAGGAGUAUCAAAUUCUUCGAUAUAUCAAUACCAAAAAGUACCAUCCGUCUUCUUGUAACGGCUUCAUUUAUAAUCAAUAUGACAGUUUUGCUGCUGGCAUUGUUGGUCUAUGUGAGGCUGCUGUUUAGAGAACCUGCCACACCCACUUAUUGGCAGUUUAUACAGAAAUAUUUACGCAAAAAGUAGCUGCAAAUUUUAUAUAUAUAAAUAUAUUUUUAUAAGCAAAAAAUCAAGCCAAAUCAAAAAAGUCCUGACAUAAAAUCAACUUAACGAAAAUACCAGAAAUAUCGGAACCUUGGGACACGCUGGGGCUAUCCAGCAUACAAUCUUCUAGUUCUGGCUUUAAGAUUACCAAAAACCUGAAUCGAGAAAAGAUGAUUCGUUGGGUUUUAU